CGGUUGGAACAAUACCCUUGCGAAAAUAGCCUAUGCCGCAGGUAAGCGUUGCGAUUCAAAUCCUCCUGUUGCCUCGCAGCCAUUCGGUAUGUCUUAUGCCGUAUCGUUCGAUCCAGUUAAUAAACCGCUUCCUUCGUAUGUUAUGCGAAAAAUUCUCAACGACGGACUUGGUCAUUACAAUUAUAAUGCCAACAAUGGUCGUGGCGGUUGUGAGGCGUCGCACAACUGCGACGGCUACAGUCAGGCAUUUUACUCGAAUGCACACCAGAUGGGCUGCGCACUUUUCCACUGUGAUCAAAUAAAACGAGCGAAUGAAGACAGCGUGGCCGGAUUUCUAGCCGUCUGUGCUUUCACCUAUCGAAAUCCGAACACGCGCCCGCCGUUCAAGUUAGCCUUGCACAAGUGCCAGUCUUGCCAAAGACGUUGCUUCGACCAGCUCUGCUGUCGUCACUCUUGGAAAAAUUAUGACGAAAUUUUCAUCGACGGUUAUGGAAAGAAGGCAGCGCUGCUGAAUGUCGGUAAAAACGCCAGUUCAAUCACCUCCAAAAAUCCAAACGGUGGCCAUUUCGUUACCAUAAGCCGAUGGUAUGACCGUCGCAAGACGACCAACAUGUUUUUGAAGGGCAAUGAACAAAUGCAUUGCUCGAGAAGAAGAAGAUGUCAGAACUUCGGUGCCAUUGGAAAGAUAGUGAAUCAAGCGGUGGACCCGAACUGCCCUUUUCUGGUGCCAAUUCAUCACAUCUACAGUGGCUUCUUUACGACAGAUUACUAUCUGAUCGACAACCAAAUUUUUCGCGCAAGGAUUGGUCAGCGGUGGGAAGACAAGGGCAUCCUUGGAUACGCUGUUCCGGCAGCUGGUCUUUGCGGUGCGAAUGUUGCCGUGUAUGAGUUCUUUACGAGAAGCAGAGGCUAUGAGCAACAUCCAUAUGGCGGAAAAGCGAUGUUGAAACUUUUAGGUGUUGUUUCUGAAUGUUUCCCGAAGGAGCCACAGGCGAAAGUUUAUGUCUACUACGAAAACAUGCUGACUAUAUCAGAAGAUGCGCUACAGCAGCCCAGGUCAAAAAACCAACCAGAGGGAGUGAUUAAAUCUCGCAGAUAACU